AGUACGAGAAACUUGGAAAGCAACCGUUACUGUGUGUUUAGUCAUUGCUAUGGCACGUACAAAGCAAACUGCUCGUAAAUCGACGGGAGGUAAAGCUCCGCGAAAACAGUUGGCAACGAAAGCUGCUCGUAAAAGUGCUCCAGCUACUGGUGGCGUGAAGAAACCUCAUCGUUACAGGCCCGGAACUGUGGCACUUCGAGAAAUUCGUCGCUAUCAAAAAAGUACCGAAUUGUUGGUUCGGAAACUACCGUUUCAACGGCUCGUACGUGAAAUCGCUCAAGAUUUCAAAACUGAUCUUCGUUUCCAAAGCUCGGCGGUAAUGGCACUUCAGGAAUCCAGUGAGGCUUAUCUGGUUGGAUUGUUCGAGGAUACGAAUCUGUGUGCUAUCCACGCCAAGCGAGUUACCAUCAUGCCCAAAGAUAUUCAACUAGCACGCCGUAUUCGUGGUGAACGUGCUUAAAUCUCAUUGCAAUUAUAUGCAACAAACCGGCCCUUUUUAGG